AGUCGUGUCCUGAUCGCCAACCAGACGUCUGCAGGAUCAAAGAAUGGACUACAGGAUGUUUGCCGUUGGGUUCAUGGCCGCGUGCGUAUGCGUGCACGCUCUCCCCCCGGAUAAGCUCCCAGCAACACACAUCAUUAGGGCAAGAAGUAUCGACUUGAACAACGCUCAUGGCCUUACGAUGGAGACUCGAUUGGAUAAAGCGGUAUUCCCAACCGGCUAUAGGUUAGAACUGGAGCCUUACUUGGAAGAUUGUCUAUUUAAAGGACACGUCAGCAUCAACAUAACCUGGGGCAAAGAAUCGGAUGAGAUUAAUAUACACAGUGCACAUGAGUUGGAGAUCACUAAUACUGACGUCAAGGCGCGCAUUCCAGCAAACGCAAAAGACCUCCAAAAGAUACCGGUGAGAAAAGUGGUAACUGACUUAAAGAAGCCGUUGGUGACGAUAUAUUUGGAGAAAUCGGUCCCGGCCGAGUCUGUUGGACAACUGGAUAUAAGCUUUAAUGGCAACUUGGAGACCACCACUACUGAAGCAUUCUUUAAGACCACUUACACUGAACAGGAGGUAGAGAGAUUAGUUGCUGCGACCCAACUGCGGCCAAAUAACGCUCGCCGCAUGUUUCCGUGUUUCGAUGAGCCUGCAUACAAAACACCGUUCGAACUUAGUGUCGUACGGCCCAAGAACAUGAUAGCGCUCAGUAACACGCCUGUUGCUAGGACUGAAGAUAUUACGGGAGAGCCAAAUGCUGUAUGGGAUCACUUUGAGCGGACUCCUCCGUUGUCAACGUUUACACUGGGUCUUGUGAUUGCUGACCUCAAACAGCUAGGUGAAUCUACCCACUACAAGGACGACCACGGGAAUGAUUUAGAACUUCGCGUUUGGGGUCGGCCAGAAUUCCUUCAGGCUUUGGAAGGGAUGAAUGAGAAGGUUUCCCGAGUAUUUGGCGAGAUAUCGAGUCUUUGGCAUGUGCCUCUUCCACUCAAGAAGUUAGACGUCGUGGCUCUGCCAAAUUACCAAGGAGUUAAACCAGCAGAUAAUUGGGGUCUCCUCGUGUUUAAGGAGAGUGAUUUAAGCAGUAGAGGUUAUUUGCAACUAGCUCAAGAAAUAUCAUACCAAUGGUUGGGAGCCUUAGCGACGCCAGCUUGGUGGUCAGAUGCGCAUUUGAAUAAGGCUUUGGUCGGUUAUUUGGCUGCAGAAACUGCUUUUAAGAUAAACAAUGGCUCUGAGAUGGAAGGAAAGUGGCCCAUGACGGUGUUGUAUUCGAUUUACUACGAGUUUAGUAAGCGCUACCCGCAUUCCCGUAUCACAGGCAUGAAGCAAGAGACAGCUUGCACUAAGAUUGAGCUACUGUUCCGCAUGUUCAAUUAUACGCUUGGCGGAGACACCUUCAAGAAGGGAUUACGGACCUUCAUUGAGUCCAGAAAAUUCAAAACCUUUACUGGUGAUGACAUUUGGAACGCUCUCAACACUGCUGCUGUCACCGACGGAAAGAUACCGAAGGACACUAACAUCAAGACUAUUGCUAAUUCCUGGAUCGACAAGGAUCGUCUUCCGGUGGUCACAGUAGAGAGAAAUUAUAACAAUGCCAAGAUUUUGUUACGGCAGAAAGUUUAUCUCCGCGAACGCCCACAUGAUGUACCUGAUGCUGAACGCAUGUCCUGGUGGGCACCAAUAGUUUUGAUUCGUGAAGAUAAGCUGGACUUCACAAAUGCGACUCCAGUUGUUUGGAUGCGAGAUAGGAAAGGACUUAGUCUCGAGAAUAUGCCUGAUAAAAAUCAUUUCAUCAUUAUAAAUCCUGAAGAAAUAGCGCCAUACCCAGUAAACUACGACCUCCACAACUGGAAUCUUCUUUCCAAAUAUCUGCAAAGCAAGAAUCGUCAUCUUAUACCAGAACUGACGCGAGCCAAAAUUCUUCACGAUGCAUGGAACUUGGCAUAUGCCGGAGAUCUUUCCUUUGCUACAGCCUUUAAUAUGACAUUGUUCCUUAAAAAUGAGAGGAAUCAUCUUGUGUGGGACCCGGUAUUUACAAUGAUCGAUCAUUUAGGAAAUCACAUCUGUGAAUGCAUACAUGGUAAAUUCCAAGCUUACGUCAGGAUUCUAUUGGGUCCAUUGUAUGAAGAGAUAAAAGACGAGCGUGAAGAUGAGGAGAAUUGGCGCAAAAAUCUACGUACCAUGACAAAGACCUUCCUCAGCCAAGCAGGAUACAAGCCUUGUAUACGGGAUGCGCAAGAGCAAUACAGCAAGUGGAUGCAGGCAAAGAACCCUGAUGACGGCAAUCCAAUAUCCAAUCAAUACAUAUGCCCGGUGUUUAAAUGGGGUACGAAGAAAGAAUGGGAAUUUGGUUUGCAACGAGUUAUCCACUUCCCAUCGUCAAGGAAACAGAGUGAGAGGACCUACCUCUUAAAGACAUUGGCAGGGUGUCCCAACGAUGAAAGCAAGAUUAUUAGGUUGCUAAAUAUGACGCUUCUAGAAGGCAAUGGAAACUUUACCGAGACAGAUAUCUUUUUAAUAUUUAGCAUGCUUUCGGGUGGAUCGAAAGGGUACACCACAUUAUUUCACUUCUUGAAUGACAACUGGGACGCUCUAAAGGACAAAUUGUCAAACAAAACGAAUCUCUGGGACAACCUUAUCACGUCUGCUACUUCUCACUUCACAACACAAGCAGGACUGGAUCUAGUCACCAAUUUGUAUGUAGCUCACCAGGGCGAAUUUGGUACUGCUGAGAGAAUUAUAGAAAGAUCCAUGAAAAAUAUACGAGAAGAAGCUAAGUGGUCUGCAGAGAAUCUACCUGUAAUAGAAGAAUGGUUGGACAAAUAUCUCGCUAGUUCAGAUGUCAAAGAUAAUCAGUUCAUAAUGAAUUGACAUGUUAAUAGAUAAUAUUUGUAGAAUGUGGAAAUAAAGUACCCAAUGAAUGAAAAUUCAAGGGGAAAGUUAAAUUGAAAAUUAAUAUGAAUAAUUCUUUAAUUUUUCAACUUUAGCAAAAAAAUAAUUGUUCUUUUUUGUCACUGUAAUUUAGGGAAGUAUAAUUUAUAAUUAAUAUGGUUACAGGUAAUAUGUACAAUAUUCAGAAUGUAUGAAUUUAAGUUAGUGAGUUGAACAAUCUGAAAGGUGUAAUUUAAUAUUCUAAAUGCUAAUGCUUUUUAGUACCGUAUAAAAAUUAAUAAAUUGUAUUUUAGUUCAAACAAAAAAAGAAACUAAUUUAUUAAUUACAUUUCUAUAUAGGUUGUUAUAAGUAUAUUAUUUAUAGCCGCCGCAAUGGCCUUAUUUGCCCAAAGGAUUUCUAAGAAAUUAUUAAUUAAUCAAGGUCUAUUGUAGAAGUGAAAUGAAUUAUAGAUGACCAAUUAGUAGAGUGAGUUAUUAAUUUAAUUAUUUUCAAAAAGUUUCCAAACAAUAUAUAGUCAACAAAUCUUUUAAAAAAAUGGAGUUAUGAUAGCAUAAUUUGAGUAUAUGCGUAAAUAAGAGAUACACAGACCGAUUUUUUUUUUAAAUUAUUUAUUCGUAUUAUGACUGACAAAUGUUAUAUAUUUUGCAUAUUUCGUAAUUUUAAAAAAAGAAUUGAGUAGGGUAAUUAUGUUAUAGAUCAAUAGUGUCCAGUCUGAAUUUGCAACAAUUGUGUGUUAUGUUGUAAUAUGAAAUUGUCUUGCUUGAUAUUACUGCACUAUUCAAAGAUUAAGGUAUUAAAAUAUAUGUUUAUAUCAAGAACCUUAAUAAUUUAUAAUAUUUCAAACUUCAUUAUGUAGUCAAAUGAAAAUUAAUUCACAGAGUUAUAUCACUUCAAAAAAUCUAAAUGUAACAUAUAAGCUUUUACUGUUACGUUGUUAACAAUGUGUCUUUCUAUUAACGCUAAAGUAUUUUCUAUUAGUGGAAUAGUGAUCUUAUUAAAUAUUUAUAUGUUUUAUAAAUAAAGGCGUAGAAAACUUU